GACCUCUUCCUCCCAUUUUGUCUAGGCUAUAAAUAUUCGUGAAACCCCCUUCCUCAUCCUCAAUUUGCUACUACUGGAGUCCUUGUGUGAGUUAGUGUGAAUUGAUUCCGAUGACGAUGUCAAUGUUUAUGUGCAGAGUAGGAGAACCCCUAGUAAACGUGCCUUGCAGUGGGAAAAAAAUGAAUGUGAGGCAAAUUGAGAAAGAGAAGGUGGUGGUGGUAAUGGGAGGCACAGGGGCAGGGAAGUCAAGGCUUUCCGUUGACCUUGCCACGUGUUUCCCAUCCGAAAUCAUAAACUCGGACAAAAUCCAAGCCUACGAGGGGCUCGACAUAGUCACAAACAAAAUCUCCAAGGAGGACCAACGUGGCGUGCCGCACCACAUUCUCGGAACACAAAACCCCAACACCCACUUCUCAGCCCUUGAUUUCUGCCACAUGUCCUUAUCGGCCCUUGAUUCCAUCACGGCACGCCACCGCCUCCCAAUCAUCGUGGGGGGCUCCAACUCCUAUCUGGAGGCCCUCAUCGACGACGACGAUUACAAGUUCCGCUCGCGCUACGACUUUUGUUGCCUCUGGGUCGACGUCGCAAUGCCGGAGCUCCAAUCCUACGUGGCAGACCGGGUCGACCAAAUGCUUUGCAACGGAAUGUUGAAUGAGUUGAGACCCUUUUAUAGUCCUAACGGGGAGUAUUCGCAGGGGGUUAGACGGGCCAUUGGAGUCCCCGAAUUCGACGAGUAUUUCCGGAGGGAGGGGUUUGUGGAGGAGGAAACGAGGCAGAGGUUGUUGGAACGCUCGAUUAAGGAAGUGAAAUUGAACACGUGCAUGUUGGCCAUGAAGCAGUUGGGCAACAUUCGGAGGCUGAGGAAUGUUAAGAGCUGGGAAAUUCAGCGGUUGGAUGCCACGCCCGUGUUUCGGAAGCGUGGGGACGAAGCAAACCAGGCCUGGAAGAAGCUGGUGGCGGAGCCUAGUGCUAGGAUCGUUGCUCGCUUUCUCUAUAACACCACCCAUACUCAUACUGCUAACGCCUUUUCUCCACUUAGAUUGCCCACUGCACAAACCGUUAUGCCUGCCCCUGCCGCAACGUUAACGUGCUAGAUACUUUUACUAAGCUACCUCUCUCUCUCUUUUUUUUCUUUCUUUUUUUUUUUCACCUAUGUUUUCUUUUUUAAA